AGCUUCAUUAAUAGACCAACAGUCAGACCAUGUUUCGGUUGCGAGUCUCCGCGGUCCGUCUCCUUGGGAUUGUCAUGCUUUCAUGUAUGUCUACAGAAUCAACCUCCCCAGAGUACCACUACUACAACCAGACCCUGAGCUGGAGCGACGCGCGGAGCUUCUGUCGGGUCAAGCACAGCGACCUGGCCACCGUGACCUCCAUGGAGGAGGCCCAGCUCCUGGCCCAGACCGCCGCCGGCCGGGGCGACGCCUGGAUCGGUCUCCAUUUCAAUGGAAUCGCCAGGUGGCUGUGGUCGGACGGAAGCGGAGCGCUGUCUAGUUCGUAUUGGUUGGCAGGGGAGCCCAACCCAUCGGAUUGCAGCCCGGAUUGUUGCGCAGAGAUGACUGGGGGCUGGAACGAGGGCUGGAACGAUCUCAAGUGUACCCUUGCACGUCGUCUUGUGUGCCAAGGCAACCCAUAA